AUGGGAAAGUGGGCUGGGAGAGAAUGGAAGAGCUCAGCCGAGCAUCACGCUCGCGAUAAGAGCCGCUCUUGUCUUGUCAUCGGGUUCACCGCUUCGCUAAGGAAGGAUACGUGGAGGGAGCAGCUCAUGACAGGAUGCUUUGAAGUGGAUUUUGUGUUGAAAUGGAGCGUUUCUGCUUCUGUGCAGCGAGAACUGACCGGUCCGAGAUUUCCUCCGAUACCAGGAGAGUGUCUACUGCCAGCAGUGACCUCUCAGGACCAGGGAAAGAUCUGUGUGAUCAUAGAUCUGGAUGAAACACUGGUGCAUAGCUCCUUUAAGCCAAUAAGCAAUGCAGAUUUCAUUGUGCCUGUGGACAUUGAGGGGACCACACACCAGGUGUAUGUGUUGAAGAGGCCAUACGUGGAUGAGUUUCUCCAGAGGAUGGGAGAACUGUUUGAAUGUGUUCUGUUCACUGCCAGCCUUGCUAAGUAUGCAGACCCUGUGACUGACCUGCUGGAUCAGUGUGGCGUGUUCCGCACACGCCUCUUCCGUGAAUCUUGCGUCUUCUAUCAAGGCUGCUAUGUUAAAGACCUGAGUCGCCUCGGCCGUGAGCUCCACAAAACCCUGAUCCUGGACAACUCCCCUGCCUCCUACAUCUUCCACCCCGAGAAUGCUGUGGGUUUCACUGUCCUGCCGCUAUUUAGCGUUUUUGUUAAAGCCUGCCUUCUAGAUUCUCCCUCUUGCUAUUUAAAGGGUUAGUUCACCCAGAAAUGAAAAUUCUGUUAUUAGUUAGUGCCAUGUUAU